GACCCAUCCCCCAACAAUGUUUUCCCAAGCCUGUUCCCUACGCCGUAUACCACAUACCCUCAUCCAGAUUCGGCGGUACUCAGAACCUUCUACUGCCGUCAAGAAACCUGCACAGUCAGCAACACCCAAAUCUUCCUGCGCGGCUGACACGGUCCUAACAGGAUUGAAUUACCUCAAAGGCCAAGAGCCCGUUCUCGCGAUGCCAGAUGAAGAAUACCCGGAUUGGCUAUGGACGCUGUUGGAGCCGCGAGUGAUACCGGAUGAUGGACCUGGGGGGAAGGCAGAGCGGUAUAAGCGGAGGCUGGAGAAUAAGCAGAAGAUACGGGAUAGGAACUUUAUGUUGACGCAGUAGAGCAUGAGCAUUUCGUUAGUCAAAAAACAGCCAUUGUAUCGAAAUCAUGUACAUGCUACAGAACUCGGGAAUGGAUUUUAUACUCCUCCUUGACCCCGCGGCGCUGCUACAUGAAUACAAGUUAUCCCGACCCCCAUCAAUAACGGUUAACGCUGACGUUUGUCAAACGUCUUCGGCCAUGUCUCGAACAGUCAUAUUACCUGUGGACAU